UAUGUUAGUGUAAUUUAGCAUACCUGUUUAUUAUUACAACCUCUAUUAGUUUGCUUUAGCAAAAUGUAAUGCUUAUAGUGAUUUCUGUCGAAAGUCUUUGACUUCACUCUGAAGCUAAUAUCAACUGUUGUUACAUCUGAUUAUUUAUAUUUACCUGGUAGCUGAAUGGCUAGAGGAGGACAGAAGACAAGGUAAACAUGUCCUUGCUUCGCCGAUGGUAGGCUAGGCUUCUCGCUGGGUGGUACAUCAACAGAAGAUGAGGGGUUUUUAGUCUGGCUUGCUCCCCCCUCCUAUGCCAAACUAGUCAUAUCAAACUAAGUAGGCUACGCUGCAAAUCCACAUGCUGACUGCCAAUGUAGGCCUAGUCUGGCUCAGGUGUUUGUUCACAAUGUGUCAGAGCCUGAAUACUACUAGAACUACUCAAGAAUGUGCACUAUUGCCAGACUGCGUUGAACCUGGGGUUAUUGUUGCCAUUGUUGCCUGGGACAUACGCUUUGAGGAAUGUUUGGGGCUUCCCUUGUUUGCCUGGGCGAAUGCUAUAUUUCAGUGUAGAAGAUUGGUCACUAAUGUCAUGAAUGACAUCAUCACCACCAUGUUCAAUAAGAAGUUCCUGGAGGAGCUGUUCAAGCCACAGGAGCUGUACUCCAAGAAGGCCUUGAGAACAGUUUUUGACCGACUGGCCCAUGCCUCGAUCAUGAGGCUCAACCAGGCCAGCAUGGACAAGCUCUAUGAUUUGAUGACCAUGGCUUUCAAGUAUCAGGUCCUGCUCUGCCCACGACCAAAGGACAUCUUGCUGGUCUCCUUCAACCAUAUGGACGCCAUCAAAGACUUUGUGCGGGACACGCCGAGCAUCCUCAGUCAGGUGGAUGAGACGUACCGCCAGCUCAUAGAGAUAUAUACACCGCUCUCAGCUGGUGAGUUACAACUGAUCAGGCAAACUCUCCUCAUAUUCUUCCAAGACAUGCACAUACGGGUGUCCAUAUUCCUGAAAGACAAAGUACAGAAUUCCAAUGGACGUUUUGUACUCCCGACGUCUGGGCCAGUGCCAUGUGGAACACAGGUUCCUGGACAGAUCAGGCAGUUCAGCUGUACUGGCGAGGAGCUUAACAGACUUCAGUUCUCCAACGGUGGGAACUAUACCAGUGCUCACCGUGAGGGCUCGUUUGAAAUGUUCGGCGAGAGGGUAAUCAAGCUGGGCACAAACAUGUAUAGUGUGAGUCGUCCUGUGGAGACCCACAUGUCAGGGACAUCAAAGAACUCCGCACAGCACACUAAGGUGAAUACUGCACCCAACCCUCUUGCCAAAGAAGAACUAAAUCUGCUUGCAAAACUUAUGGGGGGUUUGGAGAUGCAGACGCCCACCAACACAGACUCGGGGUUCCGUGUGAACCUAUUUGCCACAGACGAGGAAGAGGAAGAAGCUUUAAUAUCAAGACCGGAUGACCUGUCAUAUGAAGUUAUAAAUAUCCAAGCAACAAAGGACAAACAGGCCAAUGCCGAGCUGGCCAAAAUCAUGGGGGAGUUUGGUGAAUCUGGAGAUCCCACCCCUACCUCCAGCAGCAAAGGAGAUGACCUGCUAGCCAUGAUGGACGGCCUGUGAUGCAGUGUGGAUCCGUAGCGGUCCUCAAGGCUAAGGCUAAGCAGGUGAUGGUGUCAUGCGGUCAUGCUGUGAACAAGGCAUGGAGUAGACUGAGUACCUUUGCCUCACAGCUUGUGUGGACCUGCAUGUGGCCCACAUGAGGCCCACAUGAGGCACAGCCUCCAUUGAGUGUGUUUAUAGAGUGGAGGUGUGUUGGGAGGACGACUCAGGUUUUGGCUCAUCAAGGUAUUUUGGGUUAUCACAAAUCUGCUGCAAUAGUUUACUGUUCGGGCAAGGGGCAAAGUGUUUGCUUCAGUGUGUCGUGUUUGUGUGUGUGUGUGUGUGUGUGUGUGUAUGUGUAUGGCCACGACUAGAAACACCUCAGAGCAUUUCUUUGUGUUGCUCCUUAAUGUCCCCAAAGCUAAGAUGAUGUUUUUCCCGAAGAAUUGGUGGAACACUGUGUUUCGUCAGCACCAGGAAGUGCAUUACAACAGCUUAAGGUCGAAUUGCUUUCCAAUACCACCAGAGGGCGUACUUCAUCUACAGGCAUUUUGCAAUGGUAGAUCAUGUGUAACUGAAAUGCUGGUGUACUAUAACCAAUGUGUUAACCAAAUACUAGUCCCCAGGCACAGUCUCGGUCAUUGCUCUAAGGUUAUCAUGUUCAAUUUGGUUAAACACUGUCAGAAUCCUCAUUUCAUUUACUCAUGGUCUUAAUUGUUAACAUAGGGUUGCACAUACGGCACAUGUCAGUUGUUUGGGAGGUUUUUAGCUUGUUGAUCCAGCACCUGUCGUAAAAGCCUAGGCAAUUGUUAAUGUGUUGCACGCUCAAUGGUGUUUUUUGCCCCCAACGGCACCUUCCAGGCAGCACAGCCUUAAAGGCACUACCUUUACCCUAUCAUCCUACCCCUAAACUGAGGGGAGUAGUGCCUUGAAGGCAGCGCUGCCUGGAAGGCACCAUUGAGGGCAAAUAAUACCAAAGACCGUGUUGCACUGACCUGAUGAGAUAAUAGCUUAUCUGCUCAAGAGAGUAAAAACAGAUAUCCUAAGUGCACUUGUCAUUGUGUUUCAAAGUUGUAUAUCCAAAAAUAUGUAUGAACUGAAUGUGAUUGUCAGUUGGUCAUAAAUAUAGGGUAACUUUAAAACUUUAAAUAUAGGGUCACUUUUUGAAAAUGUUGCCCAGUCCAUGGUUUAAAACACUUUACUGACUCACCACUGCAAUGAAUUUGAUAAUAAUAUAGACGUCGGUAAGGCAACAAAUUAUUUUGUAAAUACGAUUUUGAACUUAUUCAAUUAUGUGGUUAUUUAAGCAUUUCAUUGCAUCUGUGUUUCUAUUCUUUCUGUGAAAUAGACCAUGUUUAUGAAAACAAAAUUCUGUUUUUUUUUUUUUCAUUUUUUUUUUUUUU